UUGAAUGUCUUUCAUUGUCUUCUUUUUGAAUGUCAAGGAUAUCUUUCAGGUCCUUCAAACGAUUAUCCUCCUCGUCCUCCAGGGAAUGGUCCUUUAGGUCUUCCGAGUGGAUAUCCUCCUUGUUCUUUAGAGGAAGGUCCUCCACGUCUUUGGAAUGAAUACCCUGCUUGUGCAAACGGAUAUCCUCUUCGUCCUCCGGCAAAUGGUCCUCUGGGUCCUUGGGACGGAUAUCCUCCUUGUCCUCCGGCGUAA